CACAGUCAACAGAGGGAGCACAGCCUCACCGUGGUAAAUGUAAAUGUCAGAGGACUAACGUAGUGAAGUGUUACUGUACACUAAAGCGGCUAUAGACGAUACAUUGUUUCUGUUUAGCUGCCAGUGCAGUCACAGUCACAGGUUACUCCAACAUUAGCGUACAGUGGCAUUAGGUAGACACCAUGAUGUCAAGGACAGCGCAUGUUUCGCAGUGUCAGUCUCUAAAAUCAGCCCCACGAGAAACAGCGAGUACACGAGACGUUUCGUGUUAGUGUCUUGUAAUAACCAUGCUGCCGUCUGUUUACCAUGGCGUAUGGAGAGCUGCUGUCCACACACUCAGGACAAGAGGAACGCCACCUUGCAGACUCCUGUCCACCGCUCCACUGGCUGAUGCUGAGACCAUCUUUGCAUUAUCGUCAGGCCAUGGCAGGUGUGGGGUGGCUGUGGUACGCACUAGUGGUCCAGCCUCAGCUACAGCUCUGAAGCAUAUGGCUGGGCUCACACGCAACCUGCCUCCUCCACGCACCGCCCUGUUACGCAGCAUCACACACCCCCAGUCCAAAGAAGUGCUGGACCGCGGACUUGUUCUCUGGUUCCCAGCUCCUCACAGUUUCACAGGAGAGGACUGUGUGGAGUUCCACAUCCACGGUGGUCCUGCUGUCAUUACUGCUGUCUUACAGGCUCUAGGAAGCGUGGCUGGCAUGAGGCCUGCUGAUGCCGGAGAGUUCACGCGGAGAGCCUUUCAAGCAGGGAAACUGGGUUUAACAGAGGUGGAGGGGCUCGGGGAUCUGAUCCAUGCUGAGACGGAGGCUCAGAGGAGGCAGGCCCUCAGGCAGAUGUCAGGAGAGCUGGGACGCCUUUAUCAGGACUGGAGCCACAGACUUAAACGGUGUCUGGCUCAUGUUGAGGCUUUCAUAGACUUCAGUGAGGAUGAGCUCAUCGAGGACGGGGUCUUAAACCAAGUUGACAGCUCGGUGUGUGAUCUGCAAGCAGAGAUGGAGCGACACCUAAAGGAUGAGAGGAGAGGCGAGCGGCUACGCAGUGGAGUCCAGGUGGUCAUCGCAGGAGCCACCAAUGCAGGGAAAAGCAGCCUGCUGAACACACUUUGCCAGAGACCUGCAGCCAUUGUGUCUCCCAUCGCCGGCACCACCAGGGACGUUGUAGAGACAGCGCUGGACAUCGGCGGGUUCCCUAUCCUCUUGAGUGACACAGCCGGCCUCAGAGACAGUCCGGACCUGGUGGAGAGAGAGGGAGUCCGCCGAGCUCGGGAAAGAGUGGAACAGGCAGAUCUGACUCUGGUGGUUGUGGACUGUGCUCAUCUCUCCUCUGAUGCACAGCAAGCUGCAGCCUUCAUUCAGGGACACCUCACAAGCGUCCUGCCCACCCAGGAGCAGCCUGAGUCAGUAUUUCCCACAGACAGGUUUCUCCUGGUUUUGAAUAAAUCUGAUCUGUUGCCUGAGGAGCAGAAGCAGAAGCUGGACAGGGAGCUGCGCUGUGUCUCUGGGCUACCUCCUGUUUGUUUGAUCUCAUGUCACACCAAUGAAGGACUGCAGGACUUCCUCACAGUGCUGCACAGCAGUGUCAAAACUCUGUGUGGCGACCCUCUGUCUGGUGCCCCCACCCUGACCCAGGCCCGCCACAGGGCCCAUCUGCAGCAGUGUUUUGCGGCCCUGGCUCAAUACCAGCGGUACCGCGACAUGGACAUGGCUCUGGCAGCUGAGGGUGUCCGGUUGGCUCUCACCAGCCUGGGCCGGAUCACUGGACGGGUCGGGGCAGAGGAGAUCUUGGAUAUCAUCUUCAAAGACUUCUGCAUUGGAAAAUAGUUGGAUGGGUAGCAGCAAAAACAUGAAAUACACGUGAUAGCCUGCUCAAAGAGGAAGGCUGCAUUCUUGUAUGGUCCCAGAGUAUCAGUAAAGCCACAGCCUCGGCACCGUGCCAGCAGGCUUCGAGGCUCAGCAAGAGUAAAAAUAAUGAAAUUCGUGUUCUUGGCUGCAGGAUCACUCUGCUCCCCAGACACAGAAAUGUUUGUUUUCUGUUGAUGCUUUUUAACAGACUAAAAUAGUUUGAGCGUCAGGACAGGUGCCUCAGAGGCCUCAUAUGCUCGUAAUUUAAAAAUAAUUUUUGAAAGCCUUUGAUAGGUGAAUAUUGGGCUCUUGGGUUGCAACAUAACAGCCAAGAUAAUUAAAAAUAAAGCCAGCACAGGCCUCUGCAAGGUCAUGGACAUAGCUGGAUGUUUACUUGGACUGCUUGUACUUUUGGGGUGAAGGGGCAGGUAUUAUUUCAGCUGCACCUGUGUGUGUGUGUGUGUGUGUGUGUGUGUGCACACAAGGGGAUAACUCAAAAUCU